AUUACAUUACAGAUAUGGCAUCUAAGGGGAAGGAAAAAAUGAAAUCUAAGAAAAAACAAUAUGUUCCAACUUCCUCAACUAUGCCAAAUAUGAGUCAUCAACUUCCUCAUCCUCCUCAGUCGACUUCAUUGCCAUCUACCAUGUUCACCAUCCCCCCUCCAUCUAAUAAUUUAGUUCAGUAUUAUUCUAUGCCUGCUAAAGGCAGUCAAAGUAACACCGUUUUUAACUUUGUACCCAUACCUUCUAUACCAUUAUCUUCACCGGGCUUUCAUGGUAGUCAACAUGGUGGCUCACCAGUUGUUGCACCCUCGGUCUUUUAUGGUAGUCAACAUAGUGACUCACCAGCUGUUGCAUCCCCGGACUUUCAUGGUAGUCAGCAUACUGGCUCACCAACUGCUACACCCCCGAGCUUUCAUGGUAGUCAGCAUGAUGGUGCGUCUUUUCUUGCUCCGUCAUCUUCCAGUCCAUCAUCAUCCAUUCCCGGCAUAUCUAGGUUGGAUAUUGGAGGCUCUCGCCCAGCUACAUCUAGUGCUACUUCUGCACCAUCUCGUAGACGCAGGCAGAAUCUUAGAGGGGAUGUACAAUUUGAUAGCUAUAAUUGAUUGAUAAUCAUCCCCCACAAGGAUGGGUUUUUGCCAUCCUUUCAAGCUACACAUUUGGUUACAGAUUCUAUGAAGCCAUUUUAUCAUGAGCCGUGGACUUCUUAUAGAAAGAUACCGUACAGCAUCAGAGAGCAAAUGUGGAAUCAAU